CACAAGUUGCACUUUAUCCGUCCCGUCCUGCUCACGGUAAGAGGAAAUCCUAAACUGGUCUGGUCCACUGGUGCUCCCCUUCUCUCUCGCUCACACACACUGGACGCUCACACAAACAGGAGGAGAAUGGCAGUAGCAGCAUCCACACAGAGAAUAAAUGAGACCCACAAAAUGCUGGUAUUCACUUUGCUUCUCAUCACCACCCCCUUUCACGGUGGUGUAGUUGCACAAGAUGAGAGUGAAUCAGAUGUUGUCACUGGGCCCACACAGCCAGUGGAUAUUGCUGAAUUAAUUCGUGGAGACGACAUUGACACCACACAACCGGCAGAUGAAGAAGCAGAUACAUCCCAAGUCCAGAUCAUUGUAUACCCCAGUAUUCCUGGCCUGGAUCAGUCAGGCAUCUUACAUGACACCACAGCAGCUCCAGUCACCAAGGGGGUAGUGGAGACCACAGACGUGGGGGAGGCCACAGUGGAGGCUGGUGAAGCAGCAACCACAGACCCAGACGACGACCAGGAGACCCAGGCUCCCCAGCAGAUUCUGACCUCCCAGUCCAGUGACACUGUGCUCAUCCCAGAGGCUGAUGUGAUGUGUGUUGAUAAAGAAGCUGUCCAGGACAGAGAUGCAGUGAGUCUGAAACUCAAGGCCUCAUCCAGCUGUGAGGAGACCAGGUCUAAAAUUGAGAGUGUGUUGGAGCACCUGUGUGGGGAUGACUGUAAACUGGAGGUCUACCAGGAGGACAACUCCAAUGAAAUCCUGAUCUCUGGCCAAUGCAUAGAAGCUGAUGCCAAAGGAAUGGCUGAGAAGUUCAACAAUGACAACAUAAAAGACAAGAUUGAUUUUGAGGAGGCCGUUCCUCGCUGGGGGAAGAAAUCCAAGCUGGUACUGGUCUCCCUGCUGCUCACUGGACUGCUCCUGGCUAUUCUGCUCAUCGCAGGCUACUACCUGAAAACCCACCGCCCACCACCCAAGGGAGCGAGACUGGCUGAAGAGGGUUUCAAGGUGGAUGAGGAGUACCAGGCCAACACCCUGGUGUCUGUGGCCCCUCUGCAAUCACAGGUGCCCCUGUGCAAGCCCACCAGCAAUGGGGAGUUUCCUGAGAGCCAGCCACCCCCCAACAACGGCCAACCCGCCACCCAGACCCCCGUUGCUGACACUGAGAUGUGAACGAGCUCUGAAUUACAUCCCCACCGCCCCAUUCUCAUUCCUCGUGCUCCCCAUCAUCACCACAUUCCCAAUCCCUCUCCCCUCAUAGUGUACCUGGGGAUACAAGACUGACACUAAACACCCAUUCAAUAUCCAAGCCCACCUCACCCUACCCCAUCCAACCCCUGACUCCCAGGAUGAUGACAAUGAUGAAGCUGAUUACUAUGACGAUGAUGACAAUGCCUGUAAUGUGAAGAGAAGAGAUUGUGAUCACUGGCCUCUAUUAGGUUUCAGUGGUGGUAGAGAAGGAGCCUAAAUGCUUAGUUUGAGGGACUAGACAGCCGGUUCAGAGAUUGCAUUCCAAAAACUAUAAUCGCUGCAAAAAAUGAACAAGAAAUCACCAAAAUUGACAGUUUGUGUUGCUGUUUCCAAAUUCUAGUAUGAAGCACAGUAUAUGCAAGCUCUUAGUCUUGCAGAUCUCAAAUGGACUCAUUUUAACCAAAAGGGUCAUCGUAGUUUAAAGUAUUGCUUGGUUAAUUUGUGUUUAUGAUCUUGUGUGAUCGUUUGCUUGAAUCGCCUGUUUGAGGUAAGAAAUUACAUUUGGGUAACAGAAGUGGAGAAAGAGUAAUACAUGGAAAUUAUUUGAACCAUUGAAGAGAUUUGAAUAGGCUGCUUUUAAAUAAGUAUCAAUAUGAUUGGCUAGUGCAGAGAUCAGAGUUCAAGCCUGUUGCCUUUUAUCAAGGCCUAUCAUAAUAGUUGUGUGAGAUGGGCUGCCGUAUGUUUGUUUCAUAAUUCUGUAGGCCUACUCUAAGUCGGAAAUAGGAAUAACUUUGUAGCUGUUUCUGAUUAAUAAACAACGCUGGUAGGCCUACACUCUUAGAAGAAAAGGUGCUAUCUAGAACCUAAAAGGGUU